CUUUAUGUGAAGGAGAUUCUUUGUAACUUCCUGGACCCGUCAGUAUGGCUCACAGAAAGCUGGUUUCGUCUGCGUUGGCCAUGACAAGAAAACCGGAGCGUUAGAAACGUUUCUCCUUGAUCACAGAGACGGACCCGAGGUUUGUGACCACCCGUGUGACCUGAUCCAGGCUUGGAGCGGGGAUAAGCCAUGUCCCAGGGCCCCACCAUCCUGUGGAGCCCGAUGGUGAUCGUGGAGGCUUCGGGUGGAGCCCUGCCCCAGGUUUCCCAUUAUUCAAUGAAGCCUCCCAACCAGGAAGAGGGCUGUGUGUCCUUUGAGGAUGUGGCUGUGUACUUCUCCUGGGAGGAAUGGAAACUGCUUGACGACUCGCAAAGGCUCCUGUACCAGACUGUCAUGACAGACAUCUUCGAACUUGUGUCCUCGCUGAGACUUGAGCUUUCUGGGAUCAGUGACAUAACUCAGGUGGAGUCUUGUGGAGAUCUCUCCGUGCCUGCACUGAGAUUCACGACUCCAUGCUUGUGGACAGGUUGUUGGAUCAAAGUGGAGAGUGAAACCCCCCCCUUUGAGCAGAGUCUUUCUGUGGAAGGAGACCUUAAUUCAUCCAUGCUCCGACAUGCUGAGGCAGCCUUGCUAAGGGCAGACAAUGCGAUGGUCCUCCAGACUUCCUCGGGUCUCCUCGGGCAUCAGGUGACUUCCAGUGGUGGGGAGGCAUCCAGGAGCACUGUGAGUGGAGAGGCCAUUGCCACCGAGAAGAAAAACUGCAAAUGCACUUACUGUGGCAAAGUCUUUACUAGUAUAUCUCACCUUAACCGGCACUGGAAGAUACACACGGGAGAAAAGCCUUUCCAGUGCAGCGAGUGUGGGAAGUCCUUCAGCCAGAAAGCCUUUCUCAUUAAGCAUUUCAGAAUGCACACUGGGGAGAAGCCUUAUAGGUGCGGCGAGUGUGGCAAAGCCUUCAAGCACAACAUCUCCCUCGUUUCCCAUCAGGGACUUCACACGGGAGAAAUGCCUUUUAAGUGCGGCGAGUGUGGGAAAUCGUACAGGAGCAGGGAAGGCCUUAAAGUCCAUUACCGGUUCCACACGGGAGAAAUGCCCUUUGAGUGCAGCGAGUGUGGGAAAUCGUACAGAAGCCGGGAAGGCCUCCUGAACCAUUUCUACAGCCACACUGCAGAAAAGCCCUACGGCUGCAGUGAGUGCGGGGAGUAUUUCACCCAAAACUCUGACCUCAUUGAACACCUCACUGUCCAUGGCAAGCCCUUUAAGUGCAGUGAGUGCGGGAGGGUCUUCAAUUCAAGUUACAACUUCGUGAGACACAUGAAAGUUCACAUUGUAGCGAAGCAGUACGCCUGCAGGGAGUGUGACAAAGUGUAUUGCAGUAGCUCUAGCCUGUAUAAACACCGGAAGGUUCACGCUCGAUAAACGAAGGUCCAACAAGGGCAACCCAAAGUCGGAAGUCCCUUGGCCAUCUAAAUGCACACCUGACAUCCCAGUGGGACCAAAGGAGCGUUGACAAAAGAGCAGAUGUCAGCACCAUUCAUACACACCUCCAAUUCAUGAAAGGUUGGUCACUGGACUAGGGUAUGUCGUGAACCCGUGACCUCAGAAGUUAGGAGAGUGCCUCCCC